AUGAGAGAAAACGAUACCAACAUUGUUCCCUCAAGAACAGAAGAGGUUCAUGAAUGUAAGCCAUGCUUGAGUAAUGAAGUGUUCGAAAGCUCACAAGAACAAAAUAGAGCGACGGGGAAAAAUGAACUUAAAAAGGUGUCCUCUGUUCGCCGCUCAUUGGAGUCCUGUAAAGACUCCCUUCGGGGGACUUCGCUCUUCUCAGUCGUUGAUAGCGAUACCAGCACCACUGCGACUCGACUUCUUGAUGAUUCUUCCCAAGCAUUUGUGAAGUUAAACAACGAACAAAACCAUAUCUCUAGAAAGACCAAGAAGAGUGUCCUUCAAUUAAAGAAGGAAACACAACAACUACCGAAAGAAAAGAAAAAGAAGACAAGUAAGCGCAACAGAUUCUACAACAGAUUCUUUGUGCGCCGGAGGGACACAAAUGGCAAGAAUAACAACCACGCUGUUGGUGAUGACAGCUCUAUUCUGUCUCCUAAAGCACAAGAGGGAUUGUCUCAACCUCCUCAAGACUUAAUCUCAAAAACUGCAAUUUUUGAAGUUCCGGAGCCUUCUUCUACUGAGAGUGAGCAGGCUGGUCCUUCUUUCGAAAAUUUGCAAAAGCUCUCCUAUGCACUUAAAAAGUUGCACACAAUUAACGAUAACCAUCUCCUAUAUGAGGAUGGUCAAGCUGUCUACUAUGAGAUGGCGAAACUGUUGGAACAAGAAGUUGCCGAGUUAGUCGCAGCAUCCAAGCUCUCUCCAAACUGUACCUCUUACGACGAAAAAGUCGAAGACGUACUUCAACAAUUUCAAUACAUGUUCAGCCACUUGUCUGUCUGUAUAAAUGGGUCUUUGAGGUCUAAGACCCUUACAAUGGGUACAAAAAUGCGUGAUUUCAGGGACUCCCUUAUCAGUUCCUCCAUCAGCUUCAAGGACGCUGCCAGCUUGUCAAUGAAAGAGCUCAAUCGUUCGAAGAAUUCAUUGAGCCUGUCAAGCGAUGAAAUCAUCGCCGAAUUUGCAUCGCUAUCUCUCAAAUGGGCUGAAGAAGCACCCGAAUUGGAGGAGUCAUACGCAAGGUGUAAGCUGUUGUACCACCAAACAACCAGAGCUUAUUUUGCCUUUUUUAACUGGAAUUGCUCCUUAUAUUUAAAGCCUAAUGAGGGCGAGCUCUUCCAUGACUUUCAUGGAAUUACCCAUUACCGCAGGUCCUGUGAGCUUUUGUUCGACAAAGACCUCUAUGCCUUGUUACACGACGGCCUAGGCGAAUUGCAUUCUGAUCUGCUUCACUACGCUUGUAUUCUCCCAGAUGGCGAACACUCCUCAAGCCUCAUCUCAAAGGCUUAUGAAAGAACCCAUGCCUUUAUUCAUGACUACUUCAACUUGGAUGUGAAAUUAGAGGAACUAUACAAGCAAUGGUCAGAGGUUGAACUCAAAUACAAGGCAAAGAGUAAAGCUGACUCUUUUGCUACAUUUCCUGGUAUCCGUAUCUUAAGACAGGAUCCAUGGGAGACUGUUGUACUGUUUAUAUGUUCUUCAAACAAUAAUGUUAAACGAAUUUCCAAAAUGUGCGAUGCCCUCUGCCAGGAGUUUGGUACUUAUAUAAAUGAUUUUGAAGAUCAUGCCUAUUUUACAUUUCCUCAGCCUGAUGUUCUUGCUGGACCAGAUGUGGAAAGUAAGCUUCGGGAUCUCGGCUUUGGCUAUCGGGCGAAAUACAUCAAUCAAACUGCAAAAAUGUUCAUGAGUCCUGACACACCCGAAAUAACCAUGGCAACGCUCCAUGAUCAGAGAUCUAAAUCAUAUGAUGAAGCGCAUGAGUUUCUCUUACAAUUAUCGGGAGUGGGACCAAAGGUCGCUGACUGUAUUUGCCUAAUGGCAUUGGACAAGCAUGACGUGGUGCCGGUGGACACCCAUGUCUUGCAAAUCGCUACCAGAGACUACAAGUACAAGGGACCAAAAACCAUGAAUAAAGUGUCGUAUCAUCAAGUACGCUUACAUCUUCAAGAUUUAUUCGGUAAAUACUCCGGCUGGGCACAACUGGUGAUGUUUGCUGCCGAUCUUUCAGAUUUGAAUAAUGGCAUUAACCAGAAGGAUGGAGCGAAAGUCAAACAUGAAGUCGAGGUCAUUAAAAUGGAAACACUGGACGAACGUUCUGUCAAAAAGGAGAGCACUAUCAUAGUCCAGGCUCAUGCUUUGGAUCUGGAGAGCACAAGAAAAAGGCAAAAAAUUUCGCGUGGGUCACAUCCUAAAAAGAUUAAGACAGAAGCAUAG